AUGCCUGAAGAAGGUUUUCAACAAGUAGAUGAGAAACAUGUUGCUAAUGAAAUAGAGUUGAUGGUAUGGUCACCAAAAAUAGAUCUUAUUGCUUUAGCUAAUGUUCUGGGAGAGGUAAAUUUGCAUCGUCUGUCAUGGCAGAAAGUUUGGACUCUUCAACCUUCAGUUGAAGAAGAUAAAGUUGGUGGGUUAGCUUGGAGACCAGAUGGCAAAGUUUUAGCAGUGGGUUACUAUAGUGGUAAAAUACAACUAACAAAUACAGAGAAUGCCUCUGUACUUCACUCAGCAGAGGUGGGAGGUAAAAUAACCUCAUUGAGUUGGAUCAAUCAAGAAUUUAGUGAAGAAUCACCUUGGUCAGCUGAACCUUAUCCUGAAGAUAAUUCUUCUGAUAUCUUACCUAAAUUACCUUCAUUAGAUAAGAGCUAUGGUGCAAUUUCUAAAGGAAAUCAUGAAGAAAGUGUUGAAGACAGUAAAAGAUUAUUGGAUCAGAAAGAGUAA